AUGAAUGUGAAAAAAGUUCCAAACGUUCCUGGAUCACCUGCACUCUCUGCCUUGCUUAAGCUCGGUGUUAUUGGUGGACUUGGACUCUAUUGCAUUGGUAGUAGCAUGUACAAUGUCGAUGGAGGACACCGUGCCAUCGUGUUUAACCGGUUUACCGGUAUCAAAGAUAGGGUUUAUCCAGAGGGUACUCAUUUUAAGAUACCAUUGUUUGAAAGAGCAAUUAUCUAUGAUGUUCGUUCUCGACCUUACGUUGAGAAUAGCCAAACUGGAAGUAAUGAUCUUCAAACGGUGACUAUUGGGCUUAGGGUACUUACACGUCCUAUGGGAGACCGCUUACCCGAGAUUUACAGAACACUCGGUCAGAAUUAUGGAGAGCGAGUUCUUCCUUCCAUUAUCAAUGAAACACUGAAAGCAGUAGUGGCUCAGUACAAUGCAAGCCACCUCAUUACACAGAGAGAAGCUGUGAGUAGGGAGAUACGCAAGAUUGUGACAGAGCGAGCAGCUAAAUUUAACAUUGCUUUAGAUGAUGUAUCUAUCACAAACCUCAAAUUUGGCAAAGAGUUUACUGAAGCAAUCGAGAAGAAACAAGUUGCGGCUCAGGAAGCAGAACGGGCUAAGUUCAUUGUCGAAAAGGCCGAGCAAGACAAGAAAAGUGCUAUUAUCCGCGCUCAGGGAGAAGCUAAGAGUGCUCAACUCAUAGGGCAAGCUAUUGCGAACAAUGAAGCUUUCAUUACUCUGAGGAAGAUUGAAGCUGCAAGAGAGAUUGCUCAGACCAUAGCUAAAUCGGCGAACAAGGUUUACCUAAACUCCAGUGAUCUCUUAAUCUCCAAGCAAUGAACUUGGAGCCCAGCCCUAACAACUAGAGAAACAAAAG